CCGUGAUAGCGGGCCCCUCUCGGGUGCGCCCGCCCACUGCUCUCAGCGCAGCCCCGCAUUGGUCAGCCCGGUGCCCCGCCCGGCUCCCGCGCGCCGAUUGGCCAUGAAUGCCCGACCCCCGGCGAGGGCGCUGAGGCGGAGAGCCGGAUUGGUGGUCCCGCCGUCCCAGGGUCGCGGCCGCGCGCUCCGCCCGCGGCUGCGUCCCCACUAUGGCGGCGCCCAGGCGACCCACCGUGUCGUGGGCGCCCGCCGGGGUCCCCCGCGGCUGCCGCCCCCGCCUAAGCCGUCGCCCCCACCUUCCCGCCCGCGUCGUCCCUGGCGCCGCCUCCCCCCUGCCUCCCUUCCCGCUGCGGUCAUGUAGGAAAUUGUAGAUCAUGUGAAGAUGGGACUGUUGAUAUUUGUACGCAAUCUGCUGCUAGCCCUCUGCCUUUUUCUGGUACUGGGAUUUUUGUAUUAUUCUGCAUGGAAGCUACAUUUACUCCAGUGGGAGGACUCCAAUUCAGUGGUUCUUUCCUUUGACUCCGCGGGACAAACGCUAGGCUCAGAAUAUGAUCGAUUGGGCUUCCUCCUGAAGUUGGAUUCUAAAUUGCCUGCAGAGUUAGCCACCAAGUACGCAAACUUUUCAGAGGGAACCUGCAAGCCUGGCUAUGCUUCGGCCUUGAUGACUGCCAUCUUCCCCCGGUUCUCAAAGCCAGCACCCAUGUUCCUGGAUGACUCCUUCCGCAAGUGGGCUAGGAUCCGGGAAUUUGUGCCGCCUUUUGGGAUCAAAGGUCAAGACAAUCUGAUCAAAGCCAUCUUGUCUGUCACCAAAGAAUACCGCCUGACCCCCGCCUUGGACAGCCUCAGCUGCCGUCGCUGCAUCAUCGUGGGCAACGGAGGUGUCCUGGCCAACAAGUCUCUGGGGUCGCGGAUUGAUGACUAUGACAUUGUGGUCAGACUGAACUCAGCACCAGUGAAAGGCUUUGAGAAGGACGUGGGCAGCAAAACCACACUGCGCAUCACCUACCCCGAGGGCGCCAUGCAGAGGCCUGAGCAGUACGAACGAGAUUCCCUCUUUGUCCUUGCUGGCUUCAAGUGGCAGGAUUUCAAGUGGUUGAAAUACAUCGUCUACAAGGAAAGAGUGGUGGCAUCACCUUCUGGAAGAUCUGGGCCUUCCAACCCCUUCCUUGUCCCGGCCGCUUCUUCUUGGACUGCACAUUCCUUUGGCCAUAUCAAAGUGUAUGCCCAGUUUCACACCUCCACAUCUUCCCGAGGCGAUAUUAGACGCUCCUCUUCUGAGCCCCCACAACACCCUAUUAUACGUAAGGGCUUUCUUACAUAUAAUAAGACUUAUUUAAGCUUAUCUGUCGACUUAUUUAAGCUCCUGGGGAGCAAGGAGUGUCCUAUUUAUCUCUAGGCCCAUCACCUCCAGCGGUGUUUGAGAUGGAGCUGGCAUGCAUUAAACAAAUAAAUCAAUGUGGAAACUGAAACUCAGAGGGAGGCAGGAACGUGUGGCAGAGGCAGGAUUCCAACCCAGGUCUUCUGACUUGGGGGGGCUGCCUCCCUCCUCAUGGCCCCAGAGAGCAUUCUUUUAGAUUCAGACCGUUGCAUUCUCCUCUCGCCUCUUCUGGGAAUCUCUCUCCUCUUAGCCAUGUUUGAUCUUCUUUCUGCAGUUCCAAGAUCAUUCUCCUUGAUUAAAAAAAAAAAAAGAGGGGGGGAAGAAAGAAAACUAAACAGCCCUGGCCUCUGCCCGUCCAGUUGUCCGUCGGCGUUGCACAGCCAGCCCCAAGCCGGCUCCUCUUUUUGUUCAUUGCUUUUUCCAAAUAUAGCCUUCAAAAAGGUUUCUGACCCUCUCCUCAUAGCAUGCAUCAAAAUAAAUUCCAAAUGGACUAAAAAGUAAAAUAUAAAAAUACAACCAAAGGAAAUUUUGAAGAAAGUAAAAUAGAAAUCACAUCUCUAGCGGGAAGAGAAUUUUCGAAGGACAGAAGUGCUAGGAAAAAUCAUAUUUGAUAAUACACGAGCAUUUAAAUGUAAACAACAGCAACAACCAAAAAACACUGGAUACCACAAAACUUUGAAAAGUUUAUUUCAGAAAUAUGACAAAUGGUUAUUAUCAUGAAAGUAGACAAGAAACCCGUUAGGACCCCAGCAGUUAAGGGGCAGGAGACUGAACUGAUCACACGGAAGGAGAUAUAACUAGUGAACAGCAGCAAUCUCUUUAACCUUCCUGGCAGUCAGAAAAUUCAUGUAAAAGCAACAGGAUGCCACUUAUCACCUAUCACAUCUUCAGAGAAUGUGUUUGAAUUAUAAUGCAUAAUUCUGGCAAGAGUGCAGUGACAGGUGCUCUCAAAGGCGACUAGUCUGAGUGCAAAUGGGGACAAGCUUUUUGGAAAGGAAGUGACACUUGGCACCAGGAACCAUCACCCAAGGGAAGGAAAAAUCUGCCUACAAAGGUUUUUAUUAUAGCGUUAUUGAUAAUGGCCAAACCCAAAUAUAACCUAAGGAGUUUAUUAUGAAAAGUAUGGUUCAAGUAGCAGAUGGCAGAUAAAGGAGUAGCCCGAGACCCUGCAGAGGCUGCAGGCACCUAGACCAGCCUGCACAGCUGCUCCUGCCCCCACUCCUUCGGUGUGGGGGUCGCUGGGACAGCACUGGAUUCCGCACGAGGAACAGAAGCCAGCCUCUUCCUCUGCCUCCGCCCACUCCUCUGAGUUUCAUUUUCCUCUUCUGCACAAUGGGGAUAGUGAAGGCUUCCCGGUGUGGCUCCGGUUGCACAGCUGUAAGGCGCCACAGGACCCCUGGCACACUGUGCUCGCUGCAGGUGGCCUCACCUUCUGAGAAGGCCAGGCCUUGCCUUACGGAGCUGCUCUUGAGGGCCGGAGGGAAAUGCCCAUCCCAGGCCCAUCCUCCCCGGUACUGGAGACCCCAGAAUUUCUUACCAUAGCAGUGCCAAGUCCACUUCUGUGCUUUUGAGGGUAGAACACAUCUCCCUCUGCAGACUCCUAAGUCCAAGGACGAUGUUUGCAGAGGCUGUGAGUAGAACUUGGGUGUGCAGACUGGGCAGUCCCAGCACAUGUGCACAGUACUUCCCAUGGUGUGAGAUGGGACUGGGGUGAGAAGGGAAGGGGAGAGCAGGUGGGGUCAGGCUCUCCCUGCACGCCAGGCCAGCACCAGUCUCCAGGAGUCAGAAUUCUCAACUCAGACCUGGCCUUCUAGGUCAUUUUUCAAGGGAGGGUAGAAUACAUUUUAUUUAACAGCUUGGUACCUUGACUAGUAACAUAUUUAGAAUCUAAAAUUUAGAUGUGGUGUGUGGACAUCCAUUUGUAAUUUUGUCCCUGGUCUCACAAAUCUUAGGGAUAAGCCUUCAUGGAUGUGGUGGCAGUGGCUGGAGGUGACCUGGGUAGAGAGGGGACCAGAUGGUGAAAGGUCUUGUAAGCCAAAGUCACAUCAAGGAGCUGGGACUUCAUCCUCUGGACUAUUAAUAGCAGAAACUAACAAGCUGCCUUUGUGCCAAGCGCAUUAUGUGUGUGACUUUUCGUUGUCAAGUCACAGAAACAUGAUGAAGAAGGACUGAGUCCUAUUUCCCAUAUUUUGGAGAUGAUGGUAAUGAGAAUUUGAAGGGGUAAAGAACUUUCCGAGGGAAUGCAGUGUUAGUGGUUAGGAUUCAAAAACAGACCUACUGAAUUAUUAGGGCAUUUCGCAGGCAGAGUGGACUGACAAGGGAAGGAAGGAGGUAGUUGUGGGUGGAUCUGUGCAGGAGCCACAGACCCGGUGCUGCUUGGUUGGGGAGAGUGAGAGGUCAAGGGCAAGUGAGGAUUCAAGUCUGAGUUGUUGGGGACGAAUGGUGGUGGCUGGAACCCUCAGGGGAAAUGGAUUGGGUCAGAAAACAAACCUCUCAGGGCCUUGGUUUCUAUAGGAGAGGACCAGACCAGAUGUUCUUAAAGGUCUCUUUUUGUAGGAUGGUAAUCAAUAUUUUCAGGGUUGUCACCUGAAAUAUUAUAUUUGUACAAAAAAUUAAAUGGUUUAUACAUAA